AUUUUAAUUGGGGCCUGUGUGCAGGGCUCACCCUAGCUUCGGAGAGCAAAGGCUUUCUCUGAUGGGUCUCUGCUCCUGAGCGUGUGACAAGCUCUUGAAAAACCACACGGAACAACCCAGAAAUAGCCAGCAGACCAAAGGGAAAAUGGUUUGGAGCCAGUUCCACAAAGCGACGGGACACCUCCUGAGACUGUGCUGGAGAGAAAGGGUCCCACUCUUCUAUCCCUACAAGGACACGAGGGCUCUCUGGUUCUCCUUUGUCAAAGGACUCACCCAUGAAGACCUAACAACUUCCUGUUUCGGUUUGAAUGAGGUGGAUCCUACCCACUCACCCUUUGCCCAUGUGUCACAGGCUUGGUCACCAGGAUGGUGCUGGCUGGACAGUGGAGAGCCUUCAGGAGAUGGAGCCUUCACCAGGGAUUAUGGGAAUUUACUCUCCACGCUCUUCUACGUCCUGGCUCACAUGAAGCUCCUCUGGACGGCAGCAUCACCCCAUGACACGUUACAAGUUCCACAAUUACAGCUUAUUUCAUAUUACAUUUCACGGUGACUGCUUGCUGACGACCUAGAGAUGUUCUUCACUCCUGCACGUCAGCUGCCUCCUGAUCACAGUGCAAAGUGACUCCGGUGCCCAUGCGCUGCUGGCCACCAGCUCAGCCAACAGGCCAUAACAGCCGUGACCUUGUCCUGGGUGUCAGGGUGACUUGAGUACCACUCCCCACCAACAGUGGAGACUCCUACAGUGGAAGCCUCAAGUUGUAUCUGCUUCCAAGAGGGAGAUAAAGAGCCAGAGUCCCCGGAGGAUUUGAAUAACAGCAGAGAAAAAGCUGAGUUAAAUAGGGUGGCUUGGGGGCUGGAGGGAUGGCUCAGUGGUUAAGAGCACUGACUGCUCUUCCAGAGGUCCUGAGU